AUGUUCAAGCUAGCUAGAAGCCAACCUUUGGCAGCUGCCUUGAAGGCAAGCAGGGUCUCCAUGCCAUCCCGCAUGGUCGGCGCUGCGCAACAAAAGAGAGCUUUGAGCAUACACGAGUAUCUCUCAGCAGAUUUGUUAAGAAAGUAUGGAAUUGGUGUUCCCAAUGGAUUUGUUGCGAACAAUGCCGAUGAGGCCGAGGCAAUUGCAAAGAAGAUUGGCGGAGAUGACAUGGUUAUCAAGGCACAAGUUCUUGCAGGUGGAAGAGGAAAAGGUACCUUCGACAAUGGGCUAAAGGGGGGUGUCAGAGUUAUCUACUCUCCUACCGAAGCAAAGAUGUUUGCAGACCAAAUGAUUGGACACAAGCUUGUCACAAAGCAAACUGGUGCCCAAGGACGUAUCUGUAACUCCGUCUACAUCUGCGAGCGCAAGUUUGCUCGCCGGGAAUUCUACCUUGCUAUCUUGAUGGAUCGUGGUUCCCAAGGACCAGUCAUCGUUUCUUCGUCCCAAGGUGGAAUGGAUAUCGAGGCUGUUGCAAAGGAAACCCCAAACGCAAUCACAACUACCUACAUUGAUAUCCACAAGGGUGUUACUGAUGAUAUCGCACGAAAGAUUGUUACUGAUAUUGGUUUCAGCGAGCAAUGUAUCGAGGAUGCUAAGGACACCGUCCAAAAGCUUUACAAGAUUUUCAUGGAGAAGGAUGCUACUCAAAUUGAGAUCAACCCUCUCUCUGAGACCUCUGACCACAAGGUUCUUGCCAUGGAUGCCAAGCUUGGUUUCGAUGACAAUGCCGAGUUCCGUCAAAAGGAGGUCUUUGAAUGGCGCGACACUAGUCAAGAGGAUGCGGACGAAGUUCGUGCCGCAGAAUCCGGUCUUAACUUCAUCAAGCUCGGUGGUGAUAUCGGAUGCUUGGUGAACGGUGCCGGUCUUGCCAUGGCUACUAUGGAUAUCAUCAAGCUUAAUGGUGGUGAGCCAGCUAACUUCCUUGAUGUCGGAGGUGGAGCCACCCCACAAGCUAUCAAAGAGGCUUUCACUCUUAUCACCAGCGACCCCAAGGUUACCGCUAUCUUUGUGAACAUCUUCGGUGGUAUCGUUCGAUGUGACGCUAUCGCUCAAGGUCUCAUCAGCACUGUUGAGAGCAUGGACCUUAGAAUCCCAAUCAUUGCAAGAUUGCAAGGAACAAACAUGGAAGCUGCACACAAGUUGAUCAACGAGGCUGGUCUCAAGAUUUUCUCCAUCGAUGACUUGCAAAGCGCAGCAGAGAAGGCAGUUCAAUUCUCAAAGGUUGUGAAGAUGGCUCGUGAUAUCGACGUUGGUGUCGAGUUUUCUUUGGGCAUUUAA